AUGGCGGGAAAUGGAUCUAAGGUCACCAAAAGAUCCUUGAAUGCUUGCACUCGAUGCCGCAGACAGAAGAUCAAGUGUUCUGGAUCUCAGCCAUGCGAGGGCUGCAACAAGCGAAGGCUAACUUGCAUCUUUGACGAUCGCGACCAAAAGAUUCUAGUCACUAGAGGGUAUAUCGAUGAGUUGCACCAGAAACUUGCACAUCUGCAGCGAAAUGAACAAACAGAUGCCAUCCCUGCACCUAAUCCGCUUAGUCCCGACUAUGCAGAUGAUAGAUCUCCAGAUCCCAAGGAUCAACAUGAUACACCAGGUGAACUCAGAAGGUCAUCGCUCAAUGAUAAUACCGAAUCUCAGCUUCAAAAUGAGCUCGAGGACCCUGCAUCGGGGUUGACAAACCCGUUAUCAUCAGGGCCACCGGCAUUUACGUCAGCCGAGAAUGGGCGAACGUUUUACCUGGGCCCAUCAUCAAACUGGUCAUUCACUCGUAGGGUCCUGAGCCUAACUCAUGAGCACAUCUACCAAGAACCUCUACCCACAGGUGCAUUGCUGUUCGAUGGUGCAACCUAUGAUCUCGGCUGGGACGGGUUGCGAACCGCUCAAAAUGCGGACACUCCGGCUGUACCAACAUUUGAUCAUGCAAUAUACUUGAUUAAUACUGUCAAGUUUCGCUGUGGACAACUAUACCACCUUUUCGAUGAAACUGAAUUUAUGCGCAAUCUCCACGAGUUCUACACAGAACCUAAGCCGAAUGCGACGGGCAGCUUGUGGUAUAUCCACUUUCUUCUCAUCAUUGCCUUCGGGAAGGGAUUUGUUAAGCACAAACAGCAAGGCACCAAGCCAGCUGGCGCAGAGUUGUUUGUGAAUGCUCUUCAGCUACUGCCCGACGUUAGUGUUCUCCACCAGGAGCCGAUCGAAUCAACAGAGAUUCUAUGUUGCGUUGCGCUUUAUCUACAAGCUUUAGACUUUCGGUCCUCGGCGCAUAACUAUAUUGGACAGGCGAUGCGAAUGGCGAUGGCAGAGGGUAUGCACAUACAGAUGCCAAUUGAGUAUCUGGGAGAGAAUCUCGUUCAAAGAUGUCGUAAGAUCUGGUGGACUGUUUACAUUUUGGACCGUGAAAUGACCUCGUUAAUGGGGCUUCCUCAGACUCUCAAUGAUGAUCAUGUCAAUGCUCACCUCCCGGCAUUUCCCUACUCCAUACAGCGUACAGCGGCCAUUGGUAUGCACAUCAAGCUGUCCAGGAUCAUUGCUGAAAUUAAUGGCACAGUCUAUGCUAUGGACGGGCGCUUGAAUCGAAAUUUCCUCAUGCGCACCAAAGCCGCAUUGGCAAAUAUAGCCAGAUUGGCAGACGAGCUUCGAGAUGCUUCCCCAUUACAUCUCGACCGAGCAGUAAGUGGGGUGUCCAGAAUAUCCGCCUAUCUUCAUCUGCUUUAUCAUCAAUGUAUUGUCCUCGCCACCCGACCGCUCUUGUUUUGCUUCUUGAAGAUACGAUUCGAGUCACCGGAGCAUUGUUCGGAUGCAUUGAACACAUCCCGAAGUGUGCGCAACUUAAUUCAAAUGUGCAUGGAUUCUUCCCAGCAAAUCAUCGGCAUCCUCCAUAGUCUUCAGAUUGAAGGCCUCCUUGAAACCUUCCUCCCAUUCGACCUUGAAUCCAUUUUUAUCUCCACAGUAGUCCUUCUCAUCGGCCCAGCGAUCGAUAUCCGAUGGAACUGCCCAGCUUGGCUGGAAAAGGCAUACAUGAUUUUCGAAGACAUAAUCGAGAGCGGGAAUCUUAUCGCCAAAUUUCGCCGAUCGGAGCUCCAGCUUCUGGAUGAGCUCUUGAGCUGCUUCCCUCAAGACCAACCGCGAUGCCUAUCAGCUCCAGUCUCUUUUCCAAACAAUCUCCUCAACCCACCAAUGCCGCAUGAUUCACUGGCAAGCUCUUUCCAUCCUUCUACAAAUGCCUUGAACCAUGAUCCAUCAUCGGGCCAGGGCCCAACAAUUGAUGACGACUUUAAUUUUACUGACGGACUGACUGCUACACAAAUCAUGGCCGUGGCUGAUUCUAUUGAGAGCAUUGAUACGGAGUGGAUGUCUAACGCGAUGAUUGAGCAUAGCAUAUGGUAA